CUACUUCAGAAGAGAGACCUCUUUGAAGGGUCCAUGCCAUGAAAACCUAUCUGCGGUAAAUCAGAGAUGACACCGGUCAUACUAUAUGGAUUCCACGUCGAUGUCGACAACUCAGGAAGCACAGGUGGAGGAUGCAUAUGUUCGGAAGAAGCACCACCAUAAAACCAAUACGGGAUGCGCAACAUGUGUAAGUGUUAUUCUUCAAUGUCUUGAUCAUCUGCGAGAUGGCCCUGCCGGAUCCACGAGGCAGCGCUUUGUCGCCUCGGCUUGUCAUGCUUCUAGUAAUGAUCGUGAACCUUGCUUACUUGAGUGCAUACUAGAGGGCUCGACACAUCAAAUGUACCGGAGAAAGACCACAGUGUGCUCGAUGUAUCAAGUAUGGAGUAAUUUGUCCCGGAUACAUUGAUCGCGCGUGGGUUUUUGAGUCCGGUCAGACACGAGGUGGUUUGGCAAAAGGCGGCAGUUCUCCUGACCGUGCAUCAAAAAUUCAAGGAUCACAGAAAGGCAUGGAUAUGUUUAGAGAUGGGCAUACAACGAAACCACUUGCCAUCCGUUUGAAUGCCGGGCCGCACCCGGCCAGCGACUCCAUGGCCGAAGAACGCCCUCCACCACAUUGCCCUGCUAAAAGGCCCUCGUUACCCCUGCAUCUUUCCUCGCCUAGGUCUGACCACGUCACGUCACGCGGGUUCCAAUACUUUCGGGAGAACACGAUCCCGUCAUUCUUAUAUGUCAAUCCAAGUCCACAGGCUUUGUAUGUUUUUCAACACCUCCUGCCACAGAGUUAUCACACUGAACCAGCGAUCGAACAAGCGGUUCUUGCGAUAGCCAGUGCACAAGAACUUGCUCAUGCACCCGUCGAUCAAAGAGGGUCACUUGAGGCCACUUUACUUCGAUCUUAUGGGCGCACUCUUCGCCUCCUGGGAGACACCACAGUCAAACCCUCUGUCCUGGUGAUGAUGUUGGCAUGCUUUGUCUUCGUGGGCUUCGAAACUUUCCGUGAGUCUCCUAAAGCUGCUUCGCUGCAUCUGCAGAACGGACUCCGCAUAUUAAGACAAUGGAGACGUAACCUGCAAAACUAUAGAUCGCCUUCUUCUUCAUCAGAGGACCACAUCAUCAGUCACUACAUACAGCCAGUCUUUGCGGGGAUCGAGGUAAUCUUUUCACGAUCCAGCGUCUCAGAUAUUGUACAAGUUGGAGAUUUAGAAUACCAGCCGCCUGUACUUCCUUCGGAUUUCACAAGUUUGUUGGAAGCCCGCGGGAAAAUGAUUGAACUGUGGAUGUAUUUCUUCAGCAAGCAUCCUCCGGAACAUAUCGACGCCGUGGCACAGCUGCAGGCUCUACCCUUGUGGGAAAGGUGGCAUGUCAAGCUCUUGCAGUAUUCUCGCAACUCUGGCUCCUGGCCUGUGCGAGCACAACUACAUGCUCGUCUCCUACACGUCUUCUACGACAUGGUUUCAGUCGCGUUGCAGUGCCAGCGUUAUCGAGACGAGACCGUGUGGGACAAACACAUUGAAGACUUUGAGAAGAUGUUCCAGACAUGUUACGACAUCUGUCAAAACAGAGAGAUGUAUCUGGAUUCUAAAGAUCCCAAUGACAUGGGAUUUGGCAUGUUACCAGGAGUUCUGCCGCCUCUGUGGCUUCUUGGGAUGAGUUGCCGUGAUCCCAUGAUGCGCAGAAGGGCGGCUGAGCUGAUACGCAUGCACCAUCGUCAGUGUGGACAGGUGGAUGAAUGCUCUGCAGCCGUCCUGGUAGAUGCCGUCAUUCAGCUGGAGGAAGAGGGGACAGCAAUUGCGCGGACGUGCGGUGACAUCACGGAAAGUCACCGUGUUCGUGUUCUGGAGUCAGAUCUCACUAAACCUGGGAAAAUGACCGUGGUGUUUACUCGGGCGCCUUAUACCCAACGACAGACCGUCGACGUUGCAUACUCUUCCAGCACCACGCUACCGUCCCGUCCAUAUCGAUUGUGGCCGAUAGUCGCUUCGAUGGAUCUUAUUGGGUAUCAUGGAUUGAUUCGCGCAACUGGAAGAACGUGUGUUUGCAAAGUGUAUGGACAGUAGGCUGGUUCUACUGCAUAGUUAGUCCAUCGUGUUGUUCUGCUACGGAAAAUGUCGUUGCGUCCUCAACAAAAGCUACCCAAGUUUACUUCUCCUAGACUGGUUAGACAUUUGCUUGCCUGACAUGAUAGUCCACAUCAAAAGUCUUCGAGUCUAAGUAUAUUCCUCGUUUACGUUGCUCCUGUCAUCACAUCUUUCCAAGUACAUGUUCG